AUGAAACUAUUAUCCAUUACAUAUCUUGCGUUCGGCAUAUUUGUUCGUAAUGUGAUAGCACUGAAUGUUACCACCAUAGCAGAGUGUCCCACACUUAGUCCUAGAACUUCUCCUGCAAAAGAUAUAACCGAUCUCCGUGUGGAUGAUAUCAAAAUCUUUGGAGCAUUAGGUGAUAGUAUUAUGGCGGGAUUUGGUAUGAUACCUAUCAAUCCAGGGAUUUUGGGCUUCUUAAAUAUAAAUGCAUUGACUGAAUACCGUGGUUCAAGCUAUCUUAUGGGUACGGACAAGGAUGCUAUCACUGUCGCAAAUUUUAUCAAGCAUUAUAAUCCUAACCUCCACGGUCCAUCUACCGGGAGUCAUGUUAUGAGUUACGUCCGAGGAGAUUUUCCAGGCUUAUAUUAUGAGGACAAAGACUAUUUAAAUGCUGCGCAAACGGGAGCUAUGGCUAUGAACUUGAAUCAUGAAUUGAAUUAUCUUCUUCCAAAUUUGAAGGACCCGACUGUUGUUGGCACAUCGGCAGAACACGAUUGGAAGAUGAUAUCUAUUGCCGUCGGGAGCAAUGAUAUCUGCAGGUCCUGUAGUGAAGAAUUCGAUGCUGCAACCACAGCAGAUUUAUACGCACAUCAUAUAGAAACUGCAAUACAGCGUAUUCAAAGUGAAGUCUCAAACGUGAUUAUAAAUCUAAUGGGCAUGUUCAAACUGUCGGAUCUAGAUGACUUUUACAACAAAGAUCCCGAAUAUUGUAGUAACAGACUUCUAUUAAAACCCUGCGACUGCUUUUAUGCUCCAAACGGUUUAGAAAAAGUGGAGGCAAUGGUCAACGAUUACAACAUAAAGUUACAAGAAAUUGCUGACAAAUACCCAGCAAAACCUGGAUCCACAUUUGGUGUCAUGUUUACGCCGGUACCAUUUGAUAUCCUAUCUUUUCCUGCCAAUGCUUUAAGCAACAUUGACUGUUUCCAUCCUUCGGUUUUGGGUCAUCGAUGGUUCGCGAAGGCUUUUUGGAACCAGAUCUUUUUAAAUAAAGAGUUGAAACCGAUUACCGCUAAAUAUGAUAUGGAAGAACAGAUUUAUUGCCCUACAGACAACGACAGAAUACAAGUUUCAUAA